AUGGACAGGACGUCAACCGAGGGUGGCAUCACAGAUCACGUUCGCCGAAGCGGGGACACGGCUGAGACGGUUUUGUUUGGUGGUGGCCCUGGUGGCGGUGGCGAAGGUGGUGGUAGGUUAAGAAACAGGGUAGGGGAUGUUUGCUUUGCUUUAUGUGGCGAAUUGAGGGUUACAAAGGAUGUGAGUCAGGAUUCUAUUCGCUAA